CACAGAUAGCCAUCAGAACCCGGAAGUGUUGGCGGGGUUUUAUCGGAUACACUGUGCGCGUGCCGGUGUGGAUGUGUAUAACGUGUGUGUGUGAGGUGUUGAUGAGCACGAGGCGGCUCAGGGUUCUGACUCACAUCCGGAGAUCCGCAGAGUGUGUGUGUGUGUGUGUGAGAGAGAGAGAGAGAGAGAGAGAUGCAGCGCGGUACAGCUGUGCUAGGCUAACUGUGCUAACGCCACGGCCUGCUGUGUACACACACACACACACACACACACACACCGGGGUCCGAAGAACUCCAACACUUUAACACUGUUCACUGGGGGAUGUUUACUAUUGAGCAGGAGCAUCCGUGUUUCAGUGACGUCACACACCAGAGUCGCGGACUAACGGCGGAACUGUGAGCACUAAUUACGCUGAUGCGUCGAUGCAGAGGUUGGGCGCUGCAGCGUGUGCGCUGGUCGAGUCAUGUGACCCGGGCGCUGGCUGUGUGUACGCUGACGUUCGGCCUGCUCCUGCCUCUGUGCUGCCAUCACUGCCUCUACUCCUACUACUUCCUGAAGUCCUGGUACCUGCAGCAGACGAGUGAAGAGGCCCUGAGGCGGAGCUACGAGGCUGGGCAGGAGGCGCUGACGUACUGGCGAGAUGUGGUGGUGGGCGGGGCCAUGCUGGCAGAUGUCCCAGAGCAACCAGAGCUGCUGGUGACGGUGGUGACGGUGCGCAGGACCGAUGGGCUGCAGUAUCACUAUCUGCUUCAGGUGAUGCAGCGGUUGGACGUCCUCCUGCGUGGGUGCGGCGACCGCCCGUGUGCAGCCGUGCUGGUGUGCGACGUUGAAAGCGGCCCCCAGGAUAACGAGGACGCGGUGCUGGUGGAGAAGCGUUUUAAUGUGGUAAGGCGAGGGAAGCGUGUGGACCUGGACGUGAACAUAUUUGAGAAGGAGAAGAGAGAUUAUGUUUUCUGUCUGCGUCAGAGUGUGGAGACGGUAAAGCCGAGGAACGUGGUGGUGCUGGAGGACGACGCUCUGCCCAGCACCGACUUCUUCUCCGUCAUACAUGACUUACUUGGCCGCAGGUUCAUUACUCACUCACUGUAUGUUAAAUUAUAUCAUCCCGAACGGCUGCAGCGCUACUGGAACCCGGAGCCGUACCGCAUUCUGGAGUGGGUGGGGCUUGGUGUGUUUGGGGCCUCAAUGAUUUUUCUCCUAAUGGCCUUCUUCCCUCGGUUCUCUCCACCCUACUCUGUGCCACUCUUCCUCUUCCUGGUGGCCUACAUCAUGGUGGGGGCGGAGCUUAUAGGGCGACAUUACCUACUGGAGCUGAGGCGUGUCUCUCCGCAGCUGUAUGCCGUGUCUCCAGCCACAGAGUGCUGCACGCCUGCCAUGCUGUUUCCAGGAAACAUGUCCUCCCAUGUGGCCGAGCUGCUGGAUUCCGUCACAUGCAUGAAGGGGAACGCCAAGGACAUGGUGCUGUACCACCAAGCGGGCUCUGCCCACAGCCUCGAACCCAAUGCUGUGCAGCACAUAGGGGCAUUUUCCUCCGUCAGAUCAAAUCUACCGCACCCACAACUCAUAUGAUUUACGUAUCUGUGGACCAUGUGGGUCUGUGAAUCUAAAGUAAUCAAUUUAAAUCUAAUUCUGAGUUAAUCUGAAUGUUAACCUGAUCUAAAUCGAUCUGAAUGUAUAUCUAAAUCAAAUCUAAACCUGGAUUAAUCCAAAUCUAAAUCUAUAUCUGAAUCAAUCUGAAAUCUAAAUCUGAAUAAUGCUGACUUUUUAAACAUUAAUUUGUUAAUCAUUUUAAAUGUAAAUCUAAAUCUGAGUUAAUCUAAAUGUAAAUCUGAAUUCUGAAUUGACCGGUAUCUAAAUCGAAAUCGGAAUCAUUCUGAAAUCUAAAUCUGAAUUAAUCUAAAUCAAUCUGAACUUAAAUCUAAAUCAAUGUGAAUCUAAAUCAAAUCUAAAUCUGAGUCAAUCUGAAUGUAAACCUAAUCUAAACUGAUCUGAAUGUAUCUAAAUCUAGCACUGUCUCUUUGCACCUCCAGGGUCCAGGUUCUAUUCCCAGCAAACCUCUGUGUGCAUGGAGUGUGCAUGUUCUCCCUGUGCUGGGUGGGUUUCACCUGGGUACUCCGGUUUCCUCCCACAGUCCAAAGACCUGCAGAUUAGGAUAAUUGGUGUUCCCAAAAUUGCCUGUAGUGUGUGAAUGAGUGUGUGUGUGUGUGUGUGUGUGUGUGUGUGUGCAUACCCUGCGAUGGAUUGGCACCCUGUCUUGUGCCCUAAGUCUCCUGGGAUAGGCUCCAGGCCCCCCACGACCCUGAAUACAGGCUAAAGCUGUAUAGAUGAUGAGUGAGUGAGUAUGUAAUCCUGAACCAAAUCUAAACUUGGAUUAAUCAAAAUAUAAAUGUAUGUCUGAAUUAAUCAGCAUCUAAAUCUGAAUAAUGUUGAUUGUAAUUUUUAAUUUAAAUAAAUCUUAACUUAAAUCUGAAUCAAUCUAAUUAUAAUUUGAAUAAGGCUAAAUCUAAUUCUAAAUCAAUGUGAACCUAACAUGAACAAUAAUCUGUGUGAAUUCAAUCUAAGUCUGAAUUUAAAUCUGAAUCUCAUCAUGAAUUAUAGUCUGUGUGAAUUUAUAUCAGUCUGAAUAAAUCUGACUCUGGUUUAGUGUCACAAACAAAUUAAUUAAAAUCCAAUCUGAUUUUGUUUUGGUUUAGAAUCAAAACAAGAAGCUGAAUCAGUGAAAAUGAUUCUGAAUCAGCUAAAACAUGAAUCUAAAUGGAUUAGCAUUAGUUUCUCUUUUACUCUGGGACCUCAACAUGUGGGCGUAUAUCAGAUCUACAGCAGUCAGAUGUCAGGAAGCCUGUCUGUCUGUCUGUCUGUCUGUCUGUCUUUCAGCUCUCCUCUGCACUGUACUCAGACGUGCCUUUUUCCUCCAUCAGGAAUUACCCCUUUGAACUUUGCACUUAACUGCCGCCCUCUGAGCUCAGCGUAGACUCGGCUGUGAUGCACAGUGACCAGACUCUAAUCCUCAUGCAUGACCUUUAUGAUGCUCAUCAUGCACAUUAAACCCUUUUAUCUUUUGGCUGACGGUGAUAUGCAAAUGAGUCGGUAGGACUAACGAGUUCUGACGCUCGGCUCCUGUAACACACACACGCACCAGCGUUUAAUCAGUUAUGCUUUAAUUUAAUUUAAUUUUUAAACACAAACUAGACCUCAGCCAGUGAUGUAAGACAAUCUGGUUAACCUUUGAGUGUGUGUGUGUGUGUGUGUAUAAUAUAUAGAGAGAAUAAUUUUAUUUAUAGAGUUAAAUUAUGCAGCAGUUUGCUCAUUUUGUGCUGAUGUGAGAGCGACUCGCUUCUCAACACACGAUUUUUUAUAAAGUGAGUGAUUUUUCACACAGAUGAAACAACACACAUUGAUCAUGUUUUACACUAUUGUUAAUUAAAGAGUUUAAACUCUCUGGA